AUGACCGUAAUCCUUUCUUUGUUUCUUGCCCAAGUGAACUUGACGGCGCUUGGUCUGGGUAGGCUUGGAACAUAUGACCAAGCUCAAGUGGAUGUUAACAAACAGAUAGUGGCAAGCUUGAACGCUGUUGAUGUGACUGAUGAAAAGUGGUCAGUUACUGAAAGAAUUACAAAAGCGGCACUAGACGCUUGUGUUAUCAACAGUAAUAUCGCAAGCUCUUUGGACAACUCAAAGCAAAUUUACGACGACCUUACGAAUUGGUUCGGAGGAGUUCCAUUUCUAGGCGGACAGUUAAAUCAAACCGCUGCCAGUAUCUGGGGUACGGUGGGCUUCAUAGAACAAACGCAUGCUCUCGGAACAUUGCUGUCUUCUUGGGUUUCUGUUGACUACAAAAAUGUCUCUCAAAAUGCGCUCUACAUAUCACAGGUUGUAAUUUCCCAGCCAUCUUAUUUUGCUUGGCUGAACGCUAUCUUCGCUGGAAACACUGUGGACCAGAACAUCAUCGUUAACUACAUUAUUGCACAACUGCUGUUUGAUGACUCGGGAUUUCUUGGUGGUUAUGUAUACGUAAAAGCACAGGCAAACAGGAAUGAUGUUGUUAAAGAUGUAAGCCAUCAAACGGACUUAGUCAUCUCAAACUUCCAGGAAAUGAUAGGCACUCUAGACUGGAUGACUCCUGAUUCGAAAGCGGCGGCUAAAUUUAAAUCUGAUAACAUCUAUAAGAAUUACGGAUGGCCCACUGAACUUUUCGGUGAUUUCGUAAACUUCACGAAUGUGGAUAAUUACCACAUCCCUGACUAUCAACCCAUUCUUGAUGCCUACAAGAAGAACAAAACAGACUACUACACAAUUUCCAACAUACUGAAAACAGGUUUGGAAAAUCGCGAAGCUUUCCGUCUGCUUACAGAAAAGGCUGAUAGGUCAAACUUCCUGCAAUCACCAGCAAUGGUGAAUGCAUGGUAUCAACCAGAAAGAAAUUCAAUCACCUUCCCAUAUGCUAUCUGGAACCCUCCCUACUAUAACUUAUAUUAUCCUCAAGCAUACAACUACGCCGGUCAGGGAGGUACAGGAGGCCACGAGUUGACUCAUGGAUUCGAUGAUGAAGAUUUUCUAACUUUUAUCGGAUUACUCAUUUUUGAUGACAGAUUGCCUGGUUUGGAACAAUUCACCCCGAAUCAAAUCUUCUGGAUCACUUACGGAUAUUCAUGGUGCAUGAAACAGAGUGACAACAAUCUAGUUAACCAGCUCUUGACAAAUCCACAUGCGCCUGGUUCAUGCAGAACGAACCAAGUUAUGCAGGACAUCCCGUCGUUCGGCAAAGACUUCGGAUGCAAGCAAGGAUCACCUAUGUACCCGUCACCGGAUCAACGUUGUAAAGUGUGGGUAGGGUACUGA